AUGGACUUCAAAGAAGAGUAUGAUUCAGCUAGAAGGGAAGUACUGUACAAGAGUGUCAUAGAAUUUUGGGUACCUAUGAAACUAGUUAAGCUGAUGAAAAUGUUUACAAGACUUGGAGAUACAGCCCCCACAGCACUUGUGACGAGUGUAAAUAUGCAAAAUCAGUACACAAAGAGUACACAGCUCAGCAUAGCAGAGGAUAGAAUUCCUAUUUCAGAGAAUGAUCUCGUGGAGGAUCACAAGUGCGUAAUGGAAUACGAGUGUAAGGAUGAACAAUAUUCCUCGGGAGAGGAGAAAGAUGAUGAUAUGCUGGAAAAGGAGGAAAUCAAGGAUUCCUUGACAGGAGAGGAGAAGGAUGAUGAUAUGCUGGAAAAGGAGGAAAUCAAGGAUUCCUUGACAGGAGAGGAGAAGGAUGAUGAUAUGCUGGAAAAGGAGGAAAUCAAGGAUUCCUUGACAGGAGAGGAGAAGGAUGAUGAUAUGCUGGAAAAGGAGGAAAUCAAGGAUUCCUUGACAGGAGAGGAGAAGGAUGAUGAUAUGCUGGAAAAGGAGGAAAUCAAGGAUUCCUUGACAGGAGAGGAGAAGGAUGAUGAUAUGCUGGAAAAGGAGGAAAUCAAGGAUUCCUUGACAGGAGAGGAGAAGGAUGAUGAUAUGCUGGAAAAGGAGGAAAUCAAGGAUUCCUUGACAGGAGAGGAGAAGGAUGAUGAUAUGCUGGAAAAGGAGGAAAUCAAGGAUUCCUUGACAGGAGAGGAGAAGGAUGAUGAUAUGCUGGAAAAGGAGGAAAUCAAGGAUUCCUUGACAGGAGAGGAGAAGGAUGAUGAUAUGCUGGAAAAGGAGGAAAUCAAGAAUGCCUUGGAGGGAGAGGAGAAGGAUGAUGAUAUGCUGGAAAAGGAGGAAAUCAAGAAUGCCUUGGAGGGAGAGGAGAAGGAUGAUGAUAUGCUGGAAAAGGAGGAAAUCAAGACUUCCUUUGAGCAGAAGUUAUGUGUCCUGACACUGAAAGCAAAUGAAGUUGUUGCAGAGAAUGAUGCCAUCGAAAAGGUUCCAUCUCAAGACGAAUUACAAACAAGGAAUGAAGAAGACAGUUCUUUUACUACAGUCUCCUUAUGUGAAAGUGGAGGAAUUGCCACAAUUGACAGCCGGGCGAGGUUUGAACCGCCAGAAAAUACCAACAGUUCAACUUUGAAACCAGGAUCCAGCAUGGCCUUGAGACAUAAACAGUUUCCGAAGGGUCGUACUAUUUUGACCUAUCCCAUCCCCGAUUACACUCAAGUGAAGCAUAAAACGAACACUUUUAAUAUACCGAAAACGUGUGUUCAAAACAUCCAGGUCUCGGAAGGACAAGACCGCAGGCAGGAGCAGCAAGCGACACCCAUGAGGAAUUGGAAGGGGUCGAAGCCUUCCAAGAUACCUGUAUUGAUCAAAUCAAAGGUCUCGGAAGGACAAAACCGAGGGCAGGAGCAGCAAGGAAGGCCCAAGAGGGAUUGGAAGGGGGCGAAGCCUUCCAAGAUACCUAUAUUGAUCAAGUCAAAGAAAUCGGAACGGACAACAGAGGAUGGUAAUUCGGCACCUGUGGACUCAAUCAAAGAGCAGAGGGCAUACUUGGAAGAAUACAAUGACAGGGAGACUAAAGGAAUUGCCACAAUUGACAGCAGGGCGAGGUUUGAACCGCCAGAACAUACCAACAGUUCAUCUUCGAAACCAGGCUCCAGCAUGGCCUUGAGACAUAGACUGUUUCCAAGGCGUCGUACUAUUUUGACCUAUCCUAUCCCCGAUUACACUCAAAUUAAGCCUAAAACGAACACUUAUAAUACACCAAAAAUGUGUGUUCAAAAUAUACAGAUUUCGGAUGUACAAGUUCGCAGGCAGGAGAAAAAUUCAAGAAACAACGAGAACAACUUCAAGAAGUCUUCCAAGAUACCUGUAUUGGUCAAAUCAAAGGUCUCGGAAGGACAAUGCCGCAGGCAGGAGCAGCAAGCAACACCCAAGAGGGAUUGGAAGGGGUCGAAGCCUUCCAAGAUACCUGUAUUGAUCAAAUCAAAGGUCUUGGAAGGACAAGCGGGCAGGCAGGAGCAGCAAACAAAAAAGAAGAGGGACUGGAAAGGGGCGAAGCCUUCCAAGAUACCUGUAUUGAUCAAAUCAAAGGUAUGA